CAUUUGUUAUACGUAUGUGCAAGCGUUUUUAGUGCUUUUGUGUAAAUGUGUGUGCAAUAAGCAGUUCAUUGAAAAUAUUAAUAAAUUUAUUUAAUUAAAUCAACAACACAACAACAAAAACAACAGCGACAAUAAAAAAGCGUUAAUUCGGUUGUAAAAUGUUUGAGCCGUAUGUGAAAAUCAAAAAAAAGCGAAACGUGCAUGAAAUUUAUCAAAAUGAGAAUGUUGUCGAUGUCGAUGUUGUCGAUGUGAAUUUGGAGCAACAGCAGCAGCAGCAACAACAACAACAGCCAAGUGAUAAUUGUUGCUGCCAAAGUGGCCCGCAAAAUGUUGCUAGUGUUAGCGCAUUAAGCAGCGCAUUGACCGAGACGUCGGCUGCGACUGCGACUGCAACAGCGGCAGUGGCAGCGACAACAACAGCGAGCAGCAGCAACAAUUGCAGUCGACUGCAGCAAUUGAUAUCAACGCCUCCAGUAUUACUGCGCAGAUCGUCGCUGUCGACGCCAGCGUCUGCGUCAGCAUCUGCGCCAGCGUCAACGUUGCCGCAACACCCACACGCUGUUGCUGUUAGCACGCCAUCGCCAACGCCAACGUCGCCGCAGCAGCAGCAACAGCAACAAGCGGCAGCGCCUUCGGUUUUGCAACAACAUUUGGGUCACCUGAAUUACGAAAGUGGAGCAACUGCAGCAGCAACAGCCGCAGCAGCAGCUAGAAGUGGCACAGCAACACUGGCGCAACAUUUGGCAACACCCAGCAGUAUAUUGCAGGCAGCUUUCAGCAAUAAUAAUAACAACAGCAGCAGCAGCAACCACAACAACAACAACAGCAGCAGCAGCAGCAACUUGCAACAUAUUUUAACUCGCGCACAAAGUUCCUCCACCUCCACCUCCUCUUUCUCCUCACCCUCCUUGUCGAACAACUGCAGCAGCGCCUGUGCGGGCAACAGGCACUACAACGGCGGCAACAACCACAGCAACAACAAUAAUAACAACAGCAACAGCAUUAUUGCCAGCCGUUUGUUUGGGCCAACAUCCUCUACAGCUAGCUCCAGUUCAGCAGCCACCUCAUCAUCUUCAUUAACAUCAUCAUUAUCAUCAGCUUCAUCAUCCUCGUCGCACCACCUGUCGCCGCAUCAUCAUCUGCACAGCCAUCAUUCCGCGUUGACCAAUUCAAUAACGAAUCGCAUUAAUCAAUCGAUACGGCGGCAUCUCAACCAGCAGCAACAUCAUCACAGCAACAGCAACAACAACGCCUCAACCUCAUCAUCAACGAGCAGCAGUAACAACAACAACAGCAGCAGCAGCAACAACUCCAACUCUGCCUCCUCGUCGCACUACCAGCAACAUCAGCAGCAGCAGCAACAACAACAACACUUUAAUUGCGCUCAUCCUGCACAGCAGCAACAUCAUCAUCAUCAGCAGCAGCAGCAGCAACAUCACAGCAACCAACAUCACCAGCAGCAUCACCAGCACCAACACCACCACAGCAGCAAUCAUCAUCAACAACACCAGCAACACCAGCAACAACAACAAUCUCCUCUGUGCCUAGUAUUAUUAGUUAAAUGCCCAAAUUCAAAGGAGUUUUGUAACGCCGCCGCAAAUUUCUGUGAUAAAAGAUUGCCGGUGAACGAAUGUCAGGCAAGCCAAACAGCUAGAGUUACCUCGAACCUGCACGCAUCCAGUAGCACAAUGGCGGUCAGUCGUGUUCCGUCGCCGCCCUUGCCGGAAGUUAAUACGCCAGUUGCUGAGAACUGGUGUUAUACGCAGGUCAAAGUGGUUAAAUUUAGUUAUAUGUGGACCAUAAAUAACUUUAGUUUUUGUCGGGAAGAAAUGGGUGAAGUACUCAAAUCGUCCACAUUCUCAGCCGGUGCUAAUGACAAACUAAAAUGGUGUUUACGGGUGAAUCCCAAGGGACUAGAUGAGGAAAGCAAGGAUUACUUAUCAUUAUAUUUACUGUUAGUUUCGUGUAACAAAUCUGAAGUCAGAGCCAAGUUCAAAUUUUCCAUAUUAAAUGCAAAACGUGAGGAAACCAAAGCAAUGGAAUCCCAGCGAGCUUACCGUUUCGUGCAGGGCAAAGAUUGGGGCUUUAAGAAGUUUAUACGCCGCGAUUUUCUCUUGGACGAGGCCAAUGGCCUUCUGCCCGAGGACAAGCUGACAAUAUUCUGUGAGGUCAGCGUUGUGGCGGACAGUGUGAACAUCUCCGGACAAUCCAAUAUUGUGCAGUUCAAAGUGCCAGAGUGCAAACUAUCUGAAGAUCUCGGCAAUCUGUUUGACAAUGAGAAAUUCAGCGAUGUAACGCUCUCGGUUGGUGGCCGUGAGUUUCAAGCGCACAAGGCCAUACUGGCAGCGCGUAGUGAUGUCUUUGCGGCCAUGUUUGAGCACGAAAUGGAGGAGCGUAAGCUGAAUCGUGUCGCCAUAACCGAUGUGGAUCACGAGGUACUCAAAGAGAUGCUGCGAUUCAUAUACACGGGCAAGGCGUCAAACCUAGAAAAAAUGGCUGAUGAUCUCUUAGCGGCUGCUGAUAAGUACGCACUCGAAAAGCUGAAAGUGAUGUGCGAGGAGGCGCUGUGCGUCAAUCUCUCUGUUGAAACAGCAGCCGAAACGUUAAUAUUAGCUGAUCUCCACAGUGCGGAUCAAUUGAAAGCACAAACGAUAGAUUUCAUUAAUACUCAUGCCACCGAUGUGAUGGAAACCUCUGGUUGGCAAAAUAUGAUCACAACACAUUCACAUUUGAUAGCGGAGGCAUUUCGUGCCCUCGCAACACAACAAAUCCCACCAAUUGGACCACCAAGGAAACGCGUGAAAAUGAGCUGAAACCAUAAUGCAGAAGCAAACCAUUUAACACUAGCAACAACAGCAACAACAACAGCAACAACAAAAACCAGCAGCAACAACAACAACAACAAUACCUACAAGAGCAACAAUAAUAAUAAUAAUAAUAACGAUAACAAUUGUAAAACAAAAUUCAAUUUGAUCAAGAUUCAAUUCAGUUUCCAAGCAAAUGAUAAAAUAAUACGUGCAGCUACUAAUUUUAUUAUCAAUAACAACACAAACAACAUUUUUAAUAACAACAAUAAGAUAAACUGGCUGAAGCCAGCAUUAGAA